AUGUCAUCCGUUUCGAGCGAGUCGGUGCCUGGAGUCCGUCGGGGCUCCAAUAAUAGUAAUAGUAAUAGCAGUGGUAGUGACAGUCGGCGGUCUAGUACCGGUAAUAAUAGCAAUGGCAGUGCUAGUAGUGUUGGUUCUAAUUCCACGAAGUCUGGUGAUGCCGGGAAAACUACCACUGCUGAACCACAGAAACGAAAACGAAAUCGAGCUCAUAAAUCUUGUUUGCCUUGUGCAAAGGCUAAGCGGAAAUGCUGUAAACAAACUCCUUGUACGAAUUGUAGGAUCCGUGGUCUUGAAUGCACUUAUGAUGUGCCUACUGCCAAAUCCCAAAGGAAUAGUGCUUCGAGAGCACCUGCCAGAAUCGCCGAAAGUGUUUCGGGAACUGUAUCCGAUGCAGAUGUUAAAACUGAGGAUCUCGAGAAUAGUCCUGGUCCGAACUCAGUAAGUUCUGUUACGUCCAGUUCGGCCAUGACUCCUGUUCCUACAUCAGCUUCUCAAUCGGUUGGAUUGGUUUCUGGUGGUGGUCCAUCAACUGUCUCCAUUACCGGUGCAGGUCCAGUUCACAUCCCAAAUGCAAAUGACAGAUCCCCUGUUCCACAACUAUCAAGAACCUCUGCCAUUACUAACAUCCGAUAUCCUCUUGUUGUUGGUACAGGCAAUCGUUUUUCGGGGUCUAGUAUUAAUUUUGAAGCCAAUGUGAACUUGCUACCUGGUAGUCAGAUCCCUCGUACUGAUUCUAGUUCUACUGUGAAUGUUGGCUCGGGUUUAACAGGUUCGGGUCUAACAAGCUCGAGUUUAGCAGGCUCAGGUCUAACAAGCUCGAGCUUAGCAGGUUCAGGUCUAACAGGCUCGAGUUUAGCAGGUUCGGGUCUGGUAAGCUCGGGUCCAGCAGGCUCUAAUAUGGUGUCCGGUGCUGGCGCCAGUUCGGGUACUAGUAUCAAUUCAGUGUCGAGCUCAGGGUUGAACUCUCAAUACAAUACAGGUGCUGGCAUGACAUUCACAUCCAGUGCUCCUGGUUCAGGGCCCAACUCGGUACCUAAUACUGGCAACACAACUGCUACUCCAGAUUCUAUAUGCAGUUCCUGUACAGACGACCCUGGUUCGGUCACUUCAGCGUCUUCAAUGACAUCGUCUGGCGGCAAUUGUACCACCGGACCAGAUGGUGUUGGUAACAUGUGUGCCAGUGCUUUCGUGUCAUCCGCUACUAAUGGUAGUUCCCCUAAUGCUAAUGCUACUGCUGCUUCUAUUGCCAAUAAACAUGGUAUUUCUACCCAUGGCAGCAUGCUCGGCUCAAGUUCUAGCGAUAUUCACGGUAAAAUCGACUUUGUACUACGAUUGGGCGAAUCCAAUCAAAGAACUGUGUCAAGAUACUACGGUCCUUCUUCGGGUCCCUCGCUCCUUCUAUGUCGUGGUCCAUAUAGCUUUAUGGACGGUGAUCUAAGUUAUUUCCCUGUUGACUCGAUUCCUGACAUGGAAUUGAUCCUACAGGCUUACUAUGACCGACUUCACUGGUAUAUCGGCUGUUUUGAAUGGCAGGAACUGCGCAACUCACUGAAAACCGAGAAUGUAUCUUGUAUCAACUCUGCUAUUUACAUGGUACUUUCAUUGGGAUGUAGUUUAUUGUGCCGGGAUGAAGAGGCUCGUCGUUACGAGGAAAUGAGUUUUAAUCUUUCUUCGGAUGUUCUUGCUGGAAACAGACUCGAGUAUUCGGACGGGUUGCUGGUAUUGCAUUUAUUGCGGGUUCAUGCGUGUGAUAUUGGUGGCAAGUUUGAAGAAGCGUGGGCCAAGCUGGGUAUGGCCAUCACGGUCGCUAUUGGCAUGGGAUAUCAUCGGAAAUGGCCCUUCCCCUUGAGAGGCGAGCCUAUUGAUACCAAAAAACAACGAAUGCGUUCACGUACUUGGUACUCUUUAUUGUUGACGGAACGAAAACUGGCACUGUUACUGGGUCGUCCGUAUACGAUUCGACCAGAGUUUUAUGACUGUGAUCUUCCUGAUAACAACCAUGAAUUCAACUACGAGACGAGUUUCCGUGAUGCUCUGAACAAGAUGGUUCCUCUGUACACCACACUGAUUGACGAAGUGCACAAAAGCGAGCCAUCCAAUGCAAAACUCACGGAGCUUGAUCAGCAAGUCAGUGAAUGGACUUUCUCCCAGGGAUGUGAGUUAUCGUACUCGUUCAACAUCGAAGAGUACGACAGUCCGUUCAAGAACGUCAUUAUCAUGCAAAGGUUGUACAUUCUAGUGAUCAAGAACUUUUUCCGGUCACGAAUGCACCGGCUCUUCCUGAGCUCUGAGAACCGAACCCAUCGUAUGUACAGCACUGAGCAGUACUUUCUGUCCAAUUUUGAGUUCUGUACCCAUGUUACGGAGCUCAUGAAGUACGAACGGUCGUUUGGUCUUACUGAGCUCGUCACCUUUUUGGUCGACAACGCACUCUUCUACUCGAUCAAGCUAGCCACUACCGACCAGUUCAUACUCUGUGGAGACUGUGCCAAGACAACAGCCGCCAAACUCCAUUACCUGCUAGAAUUGACGGUUUCGGAACAGUGUCGACCCAACCGGUCUACCUCAUCCAUCCGAAUUGCGAAAUCCGGACUCAAAAUCAUCGAGACCCUGGAAUCGCUCUACAACCAACCCGCAGGUACCAAACCCAGUCCCGACGAGGGCGUCGAAAUGCUCAAAAAGGCAUCCAAACUGCCACACCCCUACGAAGACCAGUCUUCAACCCCUGGCAGUUCCGGUUUCUCAAACUACAGCCAGCAACAGCAACAACCCGAACAGCGUCCCAACGACAUCUUCAGUCGGCCACCACUGUCCUUCGACCUCAGCGACUGGGACAACUGGCUGCAAGAGUUCCCUCUCGACCAGUACUGGUCCCAGAUCUAA